AAGGGGUGGAUGGUGAGGAUUAAAUCUUGCUUUCUAUAUCCGAAUAGAAAAGAUCACCUAUAGAUUACAAAACUAUUAUUCACUGAGGUGGUUUUAUGGUUGUCUCAGCAUUUGAUUUAUUCGAUAGAACACAGUUGAAUUGUAUUACAGUUGCGCAACUAUUACAGGAAAUACGACGAGCGACAGUUUCGGCCUGAGUAUUCUUUACCAGCUGAUCCAACUGCUACACGAAAGAAAAAAAGAAAACACAAAAACAUGGCGGCAGAGAUCCACGCCAGGCCUCAGAGCGCCAGACCCGUUCUGCUAAAUAAAGUGGAGGGGCAUCAAGACACCGUUAACGUUGCAGUGUUGAUCCCGAAAGAGGAUGGGGUAAUCACGGUGGGCGAAGACAGGACUAUAAGAGUCUGGCUCAAGCGGGACAGUGGCCAAUACUGGCCAAGUAUCUAUCACAUGGUGUCAUCUCCCUGUUCUGCUAUGUGCUAUCACCAUGACAGUAAACGCAUUUUUGUUGGCCAAGAUAAUGGUGCCAUUGUAGAGUUUGAAAUUGCUGAAGACUUUAAUAAGAUGACUUUGAUCAAAUCAUAUCCAGCACACCAAAACAGAGUGUCUGCAAUUGUUUUCUCUCUGGUGUCUGAGUGGGUCAUCAGUACUGGCCAUGACAAGACCAUCAGUUGGAUGUGCACGAGAAGUGGCACCAUGUUAGGGCGCCAUUACUUCACUUCCUGGGCCUCUACAUUACAAUAUGAUUAUGAUACAAAGCAUGCCUUUGUUGGAGACUAUUCUGGACAAAUCACUUUACUAAAACUUGAUCAGAGUAAUUAUUCUAUAAUCACAACAUUAAAAGGACAUGAAGGUAGUAUAGGAUCCUUGUGCUGGGACCCAGUCCAGCGAUUGCUUUUUUCUGGAGCUUCAGAUAACAGCAUAAUCAUGUGGGACAUUGGAGGAAGAAAAGGAAGGACACUGCUGCUUCAGGGUCAUCAUGACAAGGUUCAAGCGGUUCGCUAUUUGCAGCUUACAAGACAACUGAUUUCUUGCUCGGCUGAUGGAGGGAUAGUAGUGUGGAAUAUGGAUAUCAGAAGAGAAGAGGCACCUCAGUGGCAAGAAAGUGACUCGUGUCAGAAGUGUGAACAGCCUUUCUUUUGGAAUUUGAAGCAAAUGUGGGAUACAAAGACACUGGGCCUUCGACAGCAUCACUGUAGGAAAUGUGGGAAAGCUGUUUGUGGCAAAUGCAGCUCUAAGCGAUCUACUUAUCCCAUUAUGGGAUUUGAGUUUCAAGUUCGUGUUUGUGAUUCCUGCUAUGAGACAAUCAAAGAUGAAGAUCGAACAUCCUUGGCAUCAUUCCAUGAAGGCAAGCAUAGCAUUUUAUAUAUGAAUAUGGAUGUUUCUCGAGGACUGAUGGUGACAUGUGGAACUGACAGAGUUGUAAAGAUCUGGGACAUGACACAGUUAACUGGCUGCAGCAUAGCCACUGGCUUCUCUUCCCACUGAACUUCACAUCCCACAGUUGCUUUAGCUGAAGAAGCACUUAAUUCCAGCCUUAUCUUUUUAUUCUGGAAAAUAUUGGAAUUUCAAAAACCUUUACAUGUAAAAUUAUAUACUGAAAGAGUAAGAGAGAUGCUAAUCUGCUGUGUGAACCUGUGUUUCAAGACCUGCUCUGAAGCCCCGAUGUGCUGCAUUUGUCUCUGCUUACUGUACUUCAGUUUAUACACAUUGGUGCCAGGAGUUGUAUUCAACCUAAAGAAAACUGUAAUUCAAGAAAGAUACAGUAACAAUAAGAAAAAAAAUAGGUUCUUGAACUGUGAUAGGUACUAAUUAAUAUUUGUUGAAUCCAUGUGUAUGGCCUAAUGGAGAAAAAAAAUCCUCUUUGUUAUAGGAUUUUUGUUAUAGGAUUUGCUGAUUGAAGAGAAAUUUACACAAUUGCCUUGUGGGGUAUAGGAAAGAACACAUUUGGGAUAAUCCAGAUCAUUUUAAGACAACUAAUGUAAAAUAAAAACAUGCUUACUGCCACUAUAGGCCGAGUAUGUUCAUAAGUUCAGAGUUUUGUGUUUAAAUUACAGAAUUGAAGACAGCACUACGGAAAGGCCAUAGCCUAAUGAAACUAUAAUGUUGUUGUGCAGGAAGUACAUAACUGAUGGGGAGAUACACAAAUGACCACUUAUGUCCUUUUAUAUUCCUCUCCCCCACACACAAAAAAGUACUGAUGCAAAGAAAGUUCCAACAUAAACCACAUUUACCCGUGACCCUGUAGUUAGGGUAUAGCGGGUUGGAUGAUGGAUAUUAUUUUUAUUUUGUAUUAAAUCACUAUUGUUUGAGACAUUCUGUAAAACAUUAAAAAAAUUUCAAAAUAGGAUCAAAUAAAAUAACAAUAAGAGAAUAUUUGACUACUUGACCAACUUAAUCUAGUUAUUGUUUUAAUGUAGAUGUUUGGUUUUUAAAUUAUAUAGAGUUUCUGGAUGUUUUUCAUUCUAUUAUUAAUCUGUUGAGAUUUUAUCAUUUAUGUGUUUUAACCUCAGUUUCUGACUUACUGGUGCACAAAUAUGUUUAUUAGCAUUUCCUUAGCAGCACUCUGGAAAGCUAAAGCCAUUAUGAACAGUAUGUUAGGGGAAUAUUUGAAGGUGUAUUCAGUCUUUUGUAAGGGAGAAAGUGUUCGAUAUUUGAGUAAGCACUUGUAAGGUUUGAAGACAGUCAAAAUUAUACAAUUCAAUUUUACUUCUGAAACAUUAGAUUUAUAUUUAUUUUGAAACAACAAAAGUUUAUAAAUCCAACUCCUUUUCUUAAUUUUGGCAAUGUAAUGAUCACCUUUACUUGGUUGGGUUGCAUUUAUUGUUGAAAAUGAUUUGUCAAAUGAUGAAAAACAGGCUAAAAAAGGUGAGAGAGGUAUGCUGGUCAAUUUGAUAUGGUCAUACAUUGUACACUUCAAAAACAUUAAAUUGGAGGCCUUAA